AUGUGGCGGCGUUGUGCAGUAGACGUCAUCGCCCGCGGCAGCCGCGGCGUGGCGUCACGGGCCCCGGCGCAACCGCAACCGCGCGGCGGCACCGUGACUGCGCGCCCCGCGGCGGCACCGCGGCAUCCGCAGCGCCAGCAGAGGAGUAUUCCGCGGCCCGAGCCGCCGCGGCGCCGCUUCUCGUGGCGCACUUCGCCUCCGAUUGUGUGGCUUAUCGCCAACGCGGUGCCCAUCGCGACGUACCAGCUCUUCCUCGAGGCUGGCUGCACCGGUCUCUGUGCGUGGCUGCUGCUGCGCGGCAGGACGACCGCGGCGGGCAUCGAGGCGUGGCUUCAAAGCCACCAUUACCCCUUCACCGGCCUCAUCGACUGGGCGGGCGGGCGGCACGCGGAGGACUGGACCGUCGCCGGGCGCCGCAUCGACGCCGCCACCCUCACCGCCCUGCACGUUGGGCACAACGUCGCGAACGGUCUGCUUCCGCUGCAGGUGGUGUUCUUGGCGGCCACGUACCCCGUUGUGGCGCGGGCGGCGGCGGCGGCGUCGCGGGGUCCGCUGGCGGCGCAGCUGCUGCGCGCACGGGAGCACUGCAGGGCGCUGUUUCACAAGGAGCGCGUCGAGACUCCGGUGCGUCAUCCAUUCGGGAAGCCCAAACGCUUCCGUCGACGGUGA